GAGCGGAGUCCCCGGAGCUGGGGCGGCUGGAUGGAAAAGCGGCCCCCCCCCGCCCCCCUCGCAGCCCCGCUUCCAGGGGGUCCGGGCAGGCGGCCGGUGCCUGGGCUGGGGGCAGCGCGCCCCGGGGAUUCGCGGCGAGUGACAGGCUGGGCGGAGGAGGAAAUGCUUCCUGAAUGGGGCUGAAACCGCAGCCGCUGGAAUAUGCAGCCCGGGGGCCUUCCUGGCAGUGCAAACGCAGUGGGCUGCACCAAGGAGCCGAUCGCCACAUCGCGUGGGGGGGCCACGGCCGGGAGGCAUGGUGACAACUUUCAAGGUCGCUGUGCUUGGGGCUCAAGGGGUCGGGAAGAGCGCCAUCGUCCGCCAGUUCCUCUACAACGAGUUCAGCGAGGCGUGCGCGCCCACCAAGACACGGCGUGUCUACCUGCCGGCCGUGGUCAUGAACGGCCACGUGCACGACCUACAGAUCAUGGACUUCCCACCCAUCACGUCUUUCCCAGUUAACACGCUGCAGGAGUGGGCGGAUGCGUGCUGCAGGGGGCUCCGGAGUGUCCACGCCUACAUCCUAGUCUAUGACAUCUGUUGCUUUGACAGCUUUGAGUACAUCAAAACUAUUCGCCAACAGAUCCUAGAAACGAGGGUCAUCGGCACCACAGAGACCCCCAUCAUCAUUGUGGGCAACAAGCGGGAUCUGCAGAGGGGUCGGGUCAUUCCCCGCUGGAACGUCUCCAACCUGGUGAAGAAGACCUGGAAGUGCGGCUACAUCGAGUGCUCCGCCAAGUACAACUGGCACAUCCUACUGCUCUUCAGCGAGCUGCUCAAGAGUGUGGGCUGCGCCCGCUGCAAGCACGUCCACACCACCAUCCGCUUCCAGGGGGCACUGCGCAGGAACCGAUGCACCAUUAUGUGAGGCCCUGCUCUCCACCCCCUGCUCCCACAACUGCCCCCAGAGACCCUUUUGUAAAGCGGAGGGGUGGGCGCAGGAGGACGCGAGCAACUCUCUUGACAAAGGAAGAGGUGUCAGGGAGGGUGCCCAGCUCUCCUGGAUGAAGCCUCGGAGUGAGCCUCCUUCAUCCCUGCCUGUCCCCAGCGCAUAGACGGCAUGGCCUGUAGAUUCAAGGAGGCAGCGUCUUGCUCCAAAGUGCAAAAGGCUUCUAGGCACCUUCCUCUCCUCCUGCCUCCGCACUGGAUCAUGGACUGGAUGAUGCAGUGUCCAGCGAAGAAGGGAGAGGGGCACCUUAGAGAGAGCAGGGGUGGGUGAAGUAUCACUGGUUACCAUGCAGUUGGGGGGGGGGGCAGUCUCCUGCCAUCCCAGAGCAAGGCAAGACUGCUGUCAAGCUGCCACUUGGUUAUUACUUGAUGAUGACCUAGUCUUGACAAAUGACAGAUUUGUAUGGGUAGCCAUCUGUAAUGCCAACUGCCUACCACGAGGCAUGGCGUGGCAUCCCCUGCUGCCUUGGUAACCAGAGACGUCUUCACUGCAAACAGGGAUACAAAGACCCAAUCAGCCUUAAAUCAACAGGUCCUUCGCCCUCGUGCCAGGAGAGUAACAUGGCAUCAGGGAAGCUGAAUCCUCCCUUGUUUUGCCCAUUGGAUCUGGAGCUUCUUCCCUUCCAGGGACAGAACAGCCUGAUAGCAGAGGCAUGGCUGAAAUGGAAUUUUUUAUUUUUUUAUUUCGGGACAGAAUUUUCAGAUGGUUCCAAAAAAAAAAAAAAAAAUCACUCCCCCACCCCUAAAACUGGCCGUUCCUCUCCCGUUUCCUUCCUGUGUUGUGUUUCUACAAGCUCCAAACCUUUUUUUAAAUAUCUCAACAGCGUGAGCACAUGUCUGAGGCUUGCCUUUCUUGGCAUGGGCUUGUCGGUGUGUUCAUUCUCACAUGUGUGCACGAAGAGCCCCUCCCCCCCCUUCUGCUGACAAGACACCCAGGUUUGGCAGUUAGCUGUAUCAUUUUUGUUCUUCCUUCUAAAUGGAUUUUUUUCCCCCAGCUGGCAUUUUGGCACUAGGUUUAAAGCAAAAUGAUCCUGAAAUUCUAGUGUUAGGAGUCUGGCAGGGACAGUGGAACUCUCUGACUGUACCAGAUUUGCUGGACAGGUACUGAAGUUCUACCUCUUGUUGCUGGAGCUGACCACUGUCAGUUUUGUACAGAUUUAAAAAUGAUCAUCAAUGAAACAAAACUAGACAAUGGCCUCCUUGAAGGAUAACAAAAAUACUGUAUAGCCAUGUACCUAGUGUUUGAGAAAGAUCCUACAGCUAAUAUAAACAAGAUGCUUUUCAUGCUCCUCUGUGUAAAGGGGCAUAAGCAUAAAUAAGUAUCAGGACUGACCGUUUAUAAAUUGAUCUGACCCAAACGCACCUACAUCUUAUGGUCAUGGCAGGAGAGAUCAAUGAACUUCAGUUAGAAACACCUGUUUUCUACAGUUGUUUUACCAUAAUUGACCUGCUAAAUUCACCCUGACUUAAGGCUACUUUGCAAAGAUUGACUGACAUUUCAGAUGUCAACAUCUCAGUUUAUAUGCAAGUAUGUACAGUUUCCUAAUAGGCAAGGCUAUCUCCUUAAACUGUUUAAAAGGGCUGAUCAGUAGCUGCAGUGGAUCUCAGCUUCAUUCCUUCCCACUGAAAGCAGCUUAGUACACACACACACACACAAAAAAAAAAAGCCACGGGCUGUUGUAAUAGAACAAAUGAAACCUGAGAGGGAGAGUUCUGUGUUCAGGCUUUACUAGAAGGAGAUGCUGUAAUACUUUAUACACUGUUAUACUUUCUGGGUUCUUCUAUUACUUUGUCCUAGACAAUCCUUUCCCUAAACAUAACGCAUGUCAGAAACCCUGGGGCCAUCCAAUGGCAGACUCUUGAAUUACAUUAUGUCAAGGCAGUCAAGUUGUUUAAAGAUCUGCAAAGAAAUGAGAAAUUGGGUUUGUGCCUCCCUUCACACACACCUUUUUCUUUUGGCUAAUUUAUGCUUGAUAAAAGAGGUCUGCAUUUUUUUUAAAAAAAGUUAUUUUCUGCUUGUGUUUUAUACUUUAGAAAUAUAGGUCUUGUCUGCCCUGUUUUUCCCCUCUAACUUGCUCAACCACAUGAGAAACACUUGGGAGAAAAGAUUUCUUGGUUAAAGUUUAAGGGAGGAGGAAGCUCCCAAUCCAUACCUGAGACCAACAAGUUCUUCAGUAAAACCAGACCUGCCGCUUCUAAGGUUAAAAAAUGUUGAAGCCUUCCUUCUCUAUAAUAAAACAAAAAGCCCAAUACUUUCCCAGUGGUAGGUCCCAUUUCACAGUGAUGCUAUUACUAUCUUGGUGACACUUUUUAUUAAGACAUUUAUAAAAAAAAUAAACUCUAACUAAAGUUUCAUUUUUAUGACCAAAUCCCUGGAAUCUUGCUGUCAGGGUUUAUAUGAUCACCAAAGUCACUUGCUGGAAUACAAACAAUAUUGAGAGCACUUUGCAAUGUGAGAGGCUGCGAUUUAGCGGUCUAAUUACCACCACCACUAAAGAGAAGAGCAUGGUUUUGGAGUGGUGGGUGAAAUUCUGUGGCCUGCGUUGUGCAGGAGGUCAGACUAGAUGAUCAUAAUGGUACCUUCUGACCUAAAUAUCUAUGAAUCGCUAAGUCAUUGUCCGCUGUGCUGAAAUUGUGGACCGUGCACAGUUAGGUUUGCAAAAUGGAAUGCUAGAGAGAGAACUGAAACAAAUUGAUGGCUACCCAGGUACUUACACCAUAGCCACUUGGAACUUCACAGUAACUUUCCUCCUGCUUCAAAAACACAGGCCUCUAUCACUUGAGCUAAAGGCAAAUCUAGUAUCACACACAGCUGAGUCCAUCCAGUAAAGGGCAGUCGUACAUAUUCCCAGCAAUCCAUACAUUAUUCUGUGAAUGGUCAGUUGUAAAUUCUAGGCUUAUGAUUCUACUGAGACGUUUGGAGGACUUGGUCAUGGUUUGUGACAUCAGUAGAACCUUGUGCUGGAAUUGUAAUUCUAGAAUUAACUGUGGCUUGUUAUUUAUCCUGUACACUGCACGUACUACAACGUAAUAACAUGCUUUGCUACAGGGGGUUCUAAUGUCAUCUCUUUGGUAUUAACACGUUAUGUCCAUAUUCUUGUUCUCUAGCCAGAUUUAUCCCUUAAACAUUUUUAAUAAGCAAACUCAUUUGUAAAUGCCAAUAAUAAAGCGUUUAUAAAUGUGCUAUAAAGUAAAAAUAUCACGUAUUAAGCCAAUACAUAGAUUACUAUAACCCUGUACCCUGCAGUUUAUAACAGAAAUUGGUCUAACAAAAGAUAUUACCUCACCCCCACCUUGUUUUUCUAAUAUCCUGGGACCAACACAGCUCCAACAACACUGCAAACGGUUUCUAACACACUUAGUUGUAGGUUUUCUAGCGCUGAUUAAGUAUUUUGAAAAAUGUUAUAAAUGUAAUUAUCAUAUUCUACAGUGACUCAGAGAAAAUUAUAUUAGUAAUAAGAAGACUUAUUUAUAUAGCAAUUUUCAGCUUCAGAGUGAACUACAGCUACAAACACUGAAUCCUCGCACUAGUGCGGUGGGGUGUCGUUAUUUUACAGGUGGGGAAAUAAGGUAGCAAGCUCAAGUGAUUUGCCUAAAGCAACAGAAAGAGCUAGUGGCAGUACUGGAAUUUAAAUUGAAGAAUUCCAGGCUUCCAAGCCCAUGGUCAGAUCCCCAGGCAAUAUUGGUUGGUGUCAGCAUUGGGCUGUGAAGCCACAAAACAGGAGGGAGAAGAUGACAAGCACAAUAGCAUUUAUAACUAAGCUCUUAAUAAAUAUUGUAAUAACUAAUCACAUACUUAUUUAUGCAUUAACCUAUUUCUAAAAAUACCCUUAAUACAAAGUGUUACCAUUCUCUUUCUUUAAACGAGGUUCUAAGAAGGAACAUUUCCCCAUAUAUAUUUUUACACACACAACUGUGCUUCCUUGGCAGGAAAAUUGUUCCCAAAUAUUCCUGGUGAGCGUCUUCCCUGGGAGGGCUCAGAAGAGAGCCACAUUUCUCUCUGCACUGUGUACCUGUUAUUCAUUGUUCUACAUUGGAGGAAAUAUACAGACAGUGACUUGAAAGCCUCUAAUUAGGAGUCUCUCUCUAUUCCCUCCCAUCCCUGCCCCCAGAUGUUCUUCAUCUGAUCUGUUUAGUUUGGGGGUUUCUUGGACUUGGUUGUCCACUAUUUCUUGUUGGAGAUUCCCAAUGUGUCUGUAAAGCCUGUAACACACUACAACCCCGUUAUCUGAAAUCAGAUUAAAAUGGGGUGCAUUUCCCCUUCUUCUGUACCUACGUCUCUGUCAUUUUCCUGCGAUGUCUGAUUGCUUUCUUAUAUCCACACUCCUCACCGUCACCAAGUGACCAGCAUGAGCAGCUCUGCUUCUAGAAAUAUAGGAAUUGCCAGACUGGAUCAGAACCGAAGUCCAGCUAGUCUAAAAUCCUAUCUCUGAUAGUGGCCAGCACCAGUUGCUUCUGAAGAUGCAAAAAGCCCCGCAGUAGCAGAUGUGGGAUAAUCUGCCCCUCCACCCACCUUCCAUUAGCUCUGAUCCUGGUCUCUACUAGAUGAGGUUGGCUUAAGUCCUGAUACAUGAGGUUUAAUAUCCCUCCCCACAUUUUGUGUGUCAUUAAUUAUGUUAACUCUGACUAGUUUGAUACCCCUAGAAAGAUCCAAUCAACUUCUCAUGAACUUUCCAAAACCCAGCAACUUCCUAUAGCUUUGUUUUUCUUUUAAAUAAUCUCAUUCCAGCGCCUCAAUCUCAGCAAUUCCUGACUAAGUCAAAUUAAUUAUAUGGGUGGUUUUUUCCUUUUGACCAGUAAUCAAUCUAAUGUUGAAUCCACCAGGUUAGAUUUAAAAAUAAAGCACAGAUCCUUUA